UCAUUCACACGGAGACAAAAGAGAGUGAAGAGGAGACGAAACUUUGACAAAAGAGAUGAUGGAGUUGGAUAAACAGCAGCAACCCAACCCAAUGAAGGUGAUGACCGACGAGCAGCUUGAAACUCUGAGGAAACAGAUUGCUAUCUACGCCACCAUUUGUGAACGUCUCGUUGAGAUGCACAAAACCCUCACUUCUCAACAAGAUCUUGCAGCAGGAGGGAGGAUGGGAGGUCUAUAUACAGACACAAGUAUUUGUCAAAAGAUGACAGCUAGGCAGAGGUGGACUCCGACGCCAAUGCAGCUUCAGAUUCUAGAGCGUUUAUUCGAUCAAGACACAGGAACACCGAGCAAGCAAAAGAUCAAAGACCUAACCGAAGAGCUUAGCCAACACGGUCAGAUUGCUGAACAAAACAUCUGCAAUUGGUUCCAGAACCGGCGUGCUCGUUCCAAAAGGAAGCAGCACUGUGGUGUUGGUUCUUCUAACAACAAAAAUGGUGAGGGUGAGGUAGAGACUGAAACUGAGACAUUGAAUGAGAAGAGAAAGAGACCAGAGAGUCUUUUUGUUGUUCCUGAUGGAAAUAACAACAGUAUCAUUGGGACAACAACUACCACUAGUCCUAGGGCUGAAGAUCUUUGCUUCCAGAGCCCUGAGAUGAGCUCUGAUCUUCACUUGCUAGGAGUCCAAUCAAACACAAGGGAUGAGCAUCUUUUUGAAAGCUACAACCUUUAUGAUCAUGUUGAAGAUUAUGACAUGUCAGGCUGAUUAAUGGUCAAGAAAACUUCUAUUUAUCAGAGAUUAAAAGGAAACAGAUUUCAUAGUCAGCCUUAAGCAGUUUUAGACUUUAUUUUAUUUUAUAUUUUCUGGGGCUUUUAAUAGUCCUUUUUUCAUGGAAUGUUGAAUGGUCUCUUAGAGCUUUUUAUGCAUGCUUUGAUAUUAU